AAACACACACUCCCUCUCACGCACACACACACAUAAAAGCUUCCUCUUAACAGCAGCUACCACUAGCUCUGACAAGGAGCAAGCUUGCACUACAGAGAGGAGGCAAUGAGCAGCGGGGUGUGGUUCCCUGCACUGGGGCUGCUGGCCUGGCUGUGCUGCCUAAGUGUGGGGCCCGUUUAUGGGGGGAAAGUGCUGGUUGUGCCUGUGGAUGGGAGUCACUGGCUUAGCAUGAAGAUACUGGUGAAGGAGCUUACCAAAAGGGGCCAUGAGGCUGUGGUGGUGGUGCCUGAGAGCAGCCUGUUGAUGCAAGGCUCAGAUAGCUACAAGACUGAGAUCUACCAAGUGCCCUUUACCAAAUCUGAUCUGGAUGGAAUAUUCAACCAGCUGAAGGAUGGAGUUUUCCUCAAGCCACCAGAAAUCACAGAUAUGUUCAUCAACAUGCAGCGUUUGGUUAACUUUACGUCAAUGCAGGUGACAGCCUGCGAGAGUUUGCUACACAACCAGCCUCUAAUGAGUAAACUGAAGGGAGCUGGCUUCGAUCUUGUGCUUACAGACCCCUUCCUUCCCUGUGGCUCCAUCCUGGCUCAUGUCUUUUCCAUUCCAGUGGUUUAUUUCCAGCGGGGACUUCCAUGUGAUCUGGAUUCAAAGGCUAACCAGUCCCCCGCUCCUCCUUCCUAUGUUCCUGUGUACUUCUCUGGUAACACAGACAUCAUGAACUUCCCACAGAGAGUCAAAAACAUGCUGAUGUCUAUUUUGGAGUCAUACAUGUGCAAAGUAAUAUAUUACCAUUUUGACGAUCUGGUCAGCAGGUACUUAGGAGACAACAUAACCUACAAGGACCUUUUAAGUCAUGGCGCUAUCUGGCUUCUCAGAUAUGACUUUACCUUUGAAUAUCCCAAACCUCUCAUGCCAAACAUGGUUUUUAUUGCCGGGAUCAAUUGUCAAAAGAUAGCUCCUCUGCCAGUGGACUUGAAGGAAUUUGUGGAUGGCUCAGGAGACGACGGCUUUAUUGUCUUUACCCUGGGCUCAAUGGUGUCCAGCAUGCCUGAGGAGAAGGCUAAACAGUUCUUUGAUGCCUUUCGGCAAAUUCCUCAAAGGGUUGUUUGGAGAUACACUGGAGUCUUACCUGACGAUGUACCAAAGAAUGUGAAACUUAUGAAGUGGUUACCUCAGAAUGAUCUCCUAGGCCAUCCCAAAGCUAAAGCCUUCAUCACUCAUGGAGGUACACAUGGUAUCUAUGAGGGCAUCUGCAACGCUGUACCCAUGUUGAUGUUCCCACUGUUUGGGGACCAGGGGGACAACGUGCAUCGCAUGGUGUCCCGAGGUGUUGCAGAGAAACUCACAAUUUAUGAUAUGACUACUGAAACCCUAUUGGUUGCACUGGAUAACAUCAUCAAUAACAAAAGUUACAAAGAGAAGAUAGUGAAGCUGUCUCAGAUACACUUGGACCGUCCCGUUCAGCCUUUGGACCUGGCUGUCUUCUGGACCGAGUUCGUCAUGAGGCACAAAGGAGCUGAACAUUUACGGGUAGCUGCACAUGACUUAAACUGGAUUCAGUACCAUAGCCUGGAUGUCUUUGGCUUUUUUGUCAUCCUUCUCAUCACUGUUUUAUGGGUGACAGUCAAAAGCUGCUUGUUCUGCACCCGCAAGUGUUUCGGAAAGGGGACUCCAAAGAGAAAGAAAGAGUAAUGUUUCUGAUGCAACCUCAUCAGUGAUUUGUUCUAUAAGCUCUGUAAUGAAAUGAAACGUGUGUGUCGGUGUGUGUGUGUGUGUGUGUGUGUGUGUGUGUGUGUGUGUGUGUGUGUGUGUGUGUGUGUGUGUGUGUUUGUGUAUGUGCGUGCGUGCAUGGUGUCAAUUUUGUCAUGAUUUUAUCUGUAAUCAUUUUUUAUAAUGGGUUAAUCUAACAAAUCUAUUUUUGAAAAAAAUACACUAUACAGACUGUGUGCAUGGUGUUUCUUUUGUCAUGAUUUUAUCUGUAAUAAGUUUUUAUAAUGGGUUAAACUAACAAAUCUAUUUUUGAAAAAAAUACACUAUACAGACUAAUGUGAUAUUUUGCCAAAUAAAUAAAACUUAAUUAAAUUGACACUUUACUUUGAAAUGUUUCCACCAGUUGGACUGUCCAGCACUGUGAGUGUGGGUGGGAUGGUUUAAUAGGCUGCAGAAGUUAACUUUGGUUAUUGAGUGGGUUGAAUAAUUUACUGUACUAAAGCUAACCACAGUAGCUAAUAGCUUUAUUCGUACAUUGUUUUGCUGAAUUAGCCUGCUAGUAAGCAAGCUAACGACACAUGGAAUAUGGACCUUGACAAUUAUUCACAUAAAGAGCAUUGUUAAAACUA